AUGCUCUGGAUCCUUGAGAACAUCCUCCUUGUUGCUGGAACCCCUUGGACUGUCCGAUGCAAGCAUUCUAAUUGUUCCAUAACUGCCACUGAUAUUAUCCUUGCACCUGGCGAUUACGAAGUUCAUAGCAGUGGCAUGUUUUACGCAGGACUCACCAUCCAUCUAAUGCUAAUCCCGCAAUCUGAUAUUUCUGGAUCUGCUGCCUAUCCUUCAUUUACCAAAGGGAUAGAACACAAUUACGGGCGACGGAUCACAGAUAUGGAUGAUGCUGUUGACAUAUCUAAAAUCAACUCAGUUCAGAACGGUCUCUUAAUGGAUGGGGGUCUAAAUAUACUUCUUAAUCAGUAUAUAUUUUCAGUCAAUCCUGAUGAUACUGGACUCAAUGGCAGAAUACUUGAUCCUGUUUGUCAUGAUCAGGAAGAUCCCCAUCGAGUUUCAGCUGAAGUCCUGAGACAGCACUUUAGGCAAACCAUUCUUGCCAAUAUGCGAGGUGUGGGAGAGCCUAUAUUUGAGCAUGACUUCCCACCUGGCACAGCUAUGAUAGAGACUGGGCGAGGAGAACCAUAUGGCAAGGAAAGAUUCGAGGUUGCAUUAGCAACCAGACUGCAAGGAUACUCGCGAAGCAACGGCGAUGACCAUGAAGGAAACUUUAUCGGUCUGCUAAUUUUAUCCUGGCUGCCGUGGCAUUUAACCGACAGGUGGCUCGUCGCUUUUGCACGCUCGCUGAUUGAGUUGAAAGUUGCACUCAUUCAGCUCUUCAAUUCCGCGGACUCCCUCUCGGGCGGGCUUUCUCCAGGAAAUGCAAAAAAAUAG